AUGUUUAACUGUCGAUGGAAAAACUGUCUUAAGGGUUUUUCUGCAAUUCGAUCUUUGGAGGAUCAUGCUGUCAGUGAACAUCUUAGUGCUGUUUAUGUUACGGACAGUAUUCGAGGAAACGAUUUUAAAUGCGCAUGGCUAAAUUGUGAUUAUCCACCCGAUUAUUUCUCCGUAGCCCCAUCUACACUCAUUCGACAUGUCAAAUACCAUGUCUUUACUGAGUAUCUUGUUUCACGAACUCAUUGUCUGCUUCCUUUUCCGGCUUCAUGUGAAUGUUCCCAUAUUUCUUCUCACCAUAUUUCAUUUAAUUUUUUAUGUUCUUGUAAUUUCGAAACAGAUUCUAUCUUCAAUUUGUGUGAGCAUACAACUAUUUGUAACAACGGGAUUUCUCUGUUCUUGAAGCAACUAAAAACGCAUCCUUGUCCAAUAUGCCUAUCCAAAUUUACGUGUCUAAAUGAUUUACUAGGUCAUGUUAGACUUGGUUAUUCUGACCAAAUUACGGACAUAUUUCAGUCUGGGUUCUAUUGCCUGUGGAUUGGCUGUGUUGCAGGUCCAAGUGAACUGACGGGCGCCAUGGAGGUUUUGGCUCAUAUGGAGUCUCAUUUACAUUCUUCUUCAACUUGCCUGUGGAUUGGUUGCCCUGCUCCGAAAAAUCUUAAUCGCGCUCAUUUACUUCUCCACGGUUAUGCCUCUAUAUGUCGGAAUAAUAGCAUAAGUACCCUUCAAAGUGAUUCGGCUUUGGUACGCAGCUGUUUGACAUCAAAAGAUGAGUCUGUUGUUCUCAGUUGUAAAUCAACUAGGUCAAAAUGGAUAGAUAGCCACCUUUGUUCUCUACAUUACAAAGGCCUUUAUUGUCAGUGGCUGGGUUGUGAGCUAAAAUUUGACAAUCCGAUUGAAUUCGCGAAUCAUAUCGUGAGCCAUGUUGUAAGGAAUGGUGUAAAAGUUAGUACCUGUUUAUGGACUGGUUGUUCUUCACAGUCUUCUAGGAUUGAUCGUCACCUUCGCGAAGCCCACUCAGUACCGAAGUUCCUCUGUCCCUUUUGUUUGCUCUCUGUCUAUACAAAGCGGUGUGACCUGAUUGAUCAUAUUAAAUCCCGAUUAGUUACAAAACGGAAAUCAAAAGCGUCAGCACCAGAUUUAGAGGACAUCAUUGGUGGUUCUGAUGAGGAGAAUGAGGAGCUAUUUGGUCCCAUUGGACAACAACGCGGUGAGGAUGCCACUGAAAGCGUCACUCUACCAGAAUUGAUUAAACGUUUCAAGAAGAUCUGGCAGAAUGAGAAGCUCUCACCUGAACUAAUGGCUGCUCAAACUGGAAUUAUAUCACUGAUUGCGAAUGAACUGUCGACAUUUGAGCACCAGAUCACUAGACAACCAAGAGGUGAUUUAAAAACGCAACUAAUGAAAUUAAAGGUCGAGCGCCUACGCUAUCUCCUCACAGACUACAUCCGAGUACGAAUUAGGAAGAUUGAACAAUAUCCUCACCAUGUUAUAAUGGAAGAGCGUGCAAGAUCACAAUCAGAAGAACCGCAUCUUUCGCCCGCAGAAUUUAACUUCGCGAAAGCAUUCGAUGAUGCUACACUUAACAACUUGCGGUUUGGUGUAUUGAAUAAUCUCCCAGUUAACAUGCAAAAAUUUGACCCAGACGAAACAGCUCUUCGGCCGAACCUAGACUCCUAUGUCUUCUGUCAGAUCAAUAAACGUGUCGAAAUCACCGAAACCAGUGCCUCUCAGAUAGGAUCAAAUCUCUCCACGAAUAUACUCACUCUAAUGCCCAAAGAAAUCCAUCUCCUGCCCUACCGAGUAAUCCGCCAACACACAGAGGAUGGAUCAAUAAUUCUGUUGUAA